AUCAUAGAUGUUCUAUGUUUUGACGGUUGAUUCAUACAGUUCUAUGGUUGAAUGGAAGGCACAAUUAUUGUAAUGGUUGAAGAACAGAAAUUAGAAGAUUGCUCUUGAAGAAAGUCUUGAAAUGUGUUCCGAUAUACCUGUAAAGUUGAUUAGAACUGUUGACUGUAAACAGGGAGCAGUAAGAGCUGUUCGAUUCAAUGCUGAUGGUAGUUAUUGUUUAACUUGUGGUAGUAACAAAACUAUAAAGUUAUGGAAUCCACAUCGGGAUGUUAUGUUAAAAUCAUAUCAAGGACAUGGUUACGAAGUUCUUGAUGCACAGUCUAGUGGUGAUAAUAGUCAGAUAUGUUCUGCUGGAAUGGAUAAGACUGUCAGACUGUUUGAUGUAGCGACAGGGAAAGCUUUAAGAACGUACAGAGGACAUGCAGGAACUGUAAACUGUGUAAAAUUUAAUGAAGAAUCGACUGUAAUUCUAUCAGGAUCUAUUGAUAGUUCUAUUAGAGCCUGGGAUACAAGAUCUAAGAAACAUGACCCUGUACAGAUAUUAGAUGAAGCGAAAGACAGUAUCACAUCUCUACAAGUAUCAGAUCAUGAAAUAUUAUCUGGAUGUGGUGAUAGUCAUGUUAGAAGAUAUGAUUUGAGGAUAGGGAAAAUGAUGUCUGAUUUUAUUGGUAAUGCUGUCACAUGUGUAACAUUUACUAGAGAUGCUCAAUGUAUAUUAGUUAGUACAUUAGAUAAUACUCUACGUUUAAUAGAUAAAGAUAAUGGAGAGUUAUUAAAUGAGUAUACUGGUCAUAAAAACAAGGAAUAUAAAAUAGAUAAUAGUUUAAACAGUAAAGAUACCCACAUAUUAUCAGGUUCAGAGGAUGGUUUAGUUUAUAUUUGGGAUCUAGUUGAUGCUAAAUUGGUAGAAAAAUUAGACCAUAAAACAAGCCGUGCCAUCCAUUCCUUAUCAUACCAUCCUACAGAAACUUGUUUACUUACUGCAUCUGCUGAUAAGAUUUUUAUGUGGAAAUCUCAGUAUGCUGUUAGUGGAGACUGAAUGUCAAAGAUGAGGUCUAAGGACUACCUUUGGCUUUAUGCCAUGGAUAAAUGGGAAAUAACUCCUGCUGGCUUUGUACUUGUGAAGAGAUCACUGUACUUGAAAAGAGGUUGAAAUUCUAUUCCAAAACUCUCUAAAGAAGAAAAGGAUAAAAGCAGAUUGUGUUGAAUUAAAAUGUGUAAUGAAAAUUAAAGAACAUAUUAAUGUACAACCUAUUCCCUUAAAUAAAUAAGUAAAACAAU